AUGUCGCCAAUUGACAGUCAACAACUUACAGAAGUUUCCUCACAAAAAAGCGUUGCACCAAUUGUUCGCAAACCGAACACAAUGUACAAAGAACAAAAAAAAGGACCGACCGAAGAUGAUAAUACAACAAAGCAGUUUGGAAGGAGCAUUACCAUUAGUUUCAAGUGGGUUCAUAAAAUCAAAUUGUCAUCUAUCUAUCUAUCUAUCUAUCUAUCUAUCUAUCUAUCUGUCGUUGUGUUCGUUAUAAAUAUACUCGACACAGACGAACGUUUGGAGCUCAGAUUAACUGACCAUAAUUUGAAAAUAAGCCACACUGAGCUCCAUCGCAACAGUUACGACCAUCGAAAAUUGUCAUCAGAAACAUAUAAUAUGACAUCCAAUGUUUAUUUCAUAGGACCCAUAAAUAUUAUUUUUGGUAUCUAUCUAUCUAUCUAUCUAUCUAUCUAUCUAUCUAUCUAUCUAUCUAUCUAUAUGAAUAUUUUUUGUCGUGUGUGUGUUUCUGGGAAAGGGGAGUUGGUUGCCAGGAGUGUUGCAUAA